AUGCUGUAGGAGGAAUUGGUAAUCAAUACAGUGAUCAGAACAUCGACAGAGAAGAUGGACAAGAAAUCCUUUGAUAUCGUCUUGGACGAAAUUAGAAAGUGUGUUUUGACAGAUCAACGUAUCAAAGCUAUAGAGCAGGUUCAUGGGUAUUUCUCCAGUGAACAGGUGAUUGACAUUUUGAAAUACUUCUCCUGGGCAGAGCCACAGAUAAAGGCAGUCAAAGCCUUGCAACAUAAAAUGGUUGCAAUUCCAACAACGAAGGUUGCAAACAUCCUUAAUUGUUUCACGUUCUCAAAGGACAGAAUUAUUGUACUGGAACUCAUAGCUCUAAAUAUUUCUGAUGCCCAAAAUUUCCAUCCCGUGGAUGAUGCGUUCCGUACUUACCUCGCUGAGAAGCAGUGUGCAAGAAGAAUCCUAGAGCAGGUGUGUAAGGUGGGAUGUAAAGCUCCAGUGGCUAUGAUUUCAUCCUGCGGGAUGAUCCCAGGCAACCCUUACCCCAAAGGCAAACCCAGCCAGGUCACUGGAACAUUCCCUAGAAUUCCUGCCAAAAAGGAUGGAGACGAUGCAACCCUGGAUGGAAAGGGCAUUGCUGCACGCAUCCUCGGACCAAGCAAACCAUCACCAUCAACGUACAAUCCGCACAGACCUGUGCCAUACCCUAUCCCACCAUGUAGGCCACAUGCAACCAUCGCUCCAAGUGCGUACAACAAUGCAGGUCUGGUGUCAGUGGGUGGGGUCAUCACUGCCAAUGUGCCACCCCCACCCUACCGAGCCACUCCCAAUUUGGCAGGUUACAGCCGACCUAUCAGUCAACAAAAUCCAACCUUCAACAUCUCUGGCACACCUGCUAUUUCUCCUAAUAAUUCCACCGCAUCCACUCCUGCCACCUCCCAGCCUCAGCCUACCACACCAAUCACUCCAGUUUUUCCUGGCAUGGUCCCAUCCCAGAACCCUGUAACCCCCUCGCCUACUCCUGCCCCCUCGCCCUCAGUCAUCAAAGGGCCUCCUGUCCCAGCUGGCUCUCCCCAAGUUGCCUCAAACUCCAGUGGCCACACCACGCCAGUUCCUUCUCCGUUUCCUGGCAUGCCCCCUUCUGGUCGAAACACCCCUUCAGUCAUUAAAAGUCAUACCCCAUCUGGAACACCCUGUGGAACACCCGGGCCAAGUACAAGCAUCCCUUCUUCUCCCUUCCACAGUGCUCCCCACUCAGAAACACCUACUGGUGGACUCACAUCUACUCCCAGAGCAACUGGUGAUCCCUUGACUCCUCAUGGAGCUAUGGGAUUACACUCAAAGAAGGGGUACCCACCCUCCUCAGAUUCCCAGUCAGCACUUUUGCUCCCUGGCACUUCCUCUACCCAGUCACAUUCAGUUAUCCGUAGUUACACACCCUCAGGGAUGUCCUCCCUCACUCCUGGACGCUCUACUCCCAGCAUGCAAGGUGUUGGUGGAUUACCAGUGGCGCCUGCGUCUUCUAGUCCUAAGCCCUCUCCUGGACUGACCUCUCAGACAGCCAUGAGUAGCCCUGCUGGAGUUUUGUUUAUUGACCAACAUGCUAGCUCCAUGGCCCGGCAAAGUGGAGGUAGUGGAAGCAACAGUCCUGUCCCUUCUGCUUUCAAAGGUCCCUCCCGGUCUGGCACUCCUUCUCUUAGCUCUCUAGUAAUGCCAAACUCUGCUGUUCUUGCCCGACCCCUUGGCAUGGCCCAUGGUGCUGCCUCGCCACAGUCUUCUUUACCCAGCACUGCUGGUGUAUCUGGACUCCACAAUCUUUCCUCUGCUCUGGGCUCUCAGGCUAGAAGCAGCCCUGCUCCACAUUUUCCAGCCAUGUCUCCUUUCCAUGGAGCCCAGUCCUCCAUUUCCACCCCAUCCACUCCUACUCCUCCAGUCUCAUCUGUAUAUUCUGGCCUGGCUCACUCUAGUGCUCCCACGCCCUCCCCCUUUGGCCUGGGAUUGACCACAGCUCCCUCCGUGUUCCCGGGUCUUCCUUCCGGCCCAAAUCCUGCCUUCCCAGGAUUUGGAGGCUCAGGGCCCAUUGCAGCAGGUAGUCCGGUGCUGUCCUCCUUAAUGGGGCUUCCAGGAGCCUCUUCCUCAGUAGCCACCGUUGCACCUCUCCAGGCAGCAGCAGUCGCAGCAGCUGCUGCAGCAGGAGUCCCCUCCUCAUCUCCUGUGCUUCCUGGAUUCGCCUCUGCAUUCAGCUCUAACUUCAACCCCGCCCUUGUUGGCCAGGCUGGGCUAACUGGUAGUCUCCAGGCCCCUGGAGGUGCAGCUUUUCCAGGGUUCCUGUCUUUCCCCCCAGGGAUGCCCAGCUUCUCCACGACAGCAUCUCCUGCUGCCCUUUCUGGUCUUCACAACUCCGCCAUGCAAUCUGCUCUUUUGCAGGCUCACUCUGCAUCAGCGCUUGACAGUUACCCUCCCCAGCCAAAUGGAUUCACUAACUACCCUGCAGCUGCAGGCUCGAGCUUCCCUCUGCAGCCAGGCCUGCAUCCGCCACUGGGCUGGCAGUAACUCAUUGUGAGUUACAGAGGGCAGGCAUAUCGAAAACUAUGUGACAUUUUGUGUGA